GUAACGUCACGUCCAGUUACGGCUAUACGCAUUGGACCUCAGAAAGGGGUUCGCUCAUUGCGGUAAAAAUAGUAAAAAAAAAAAAAAAAACUGCGUGAAUUGCUGCUGCUAACCUAACGACGCUGCGUUUGUAGAAACAUUGAAGCCGUUUUGUUUUAAGUGACUCUUCAGCCCAGAGAUGAAUUUCGAGCAGCCCCCUCCCUACUCCAGCAGUGGUCCAUCUGCUCCAGGCUACCCAGGCCAGGGACCACCCCCUCAAGGCUACCCACCCCAAGGUUUUCCUCCACAGGGAUACCCAGUAAAUAUGGAACAGCCCAACCCAUCCUACCCUAACUACAAUGCUGGACCAAUGGGCCCUGGAGGUCCCUAUCCUGGCCCAGGACAGCCUCCAUUCCAGGGAUAUCCUGGACAGCCGCAGUAUGCCUGGCAGGGUGGACCACCUCCUGGACCUAUGUAUGGGGACGCUCCAAAAAACACAGUGUAUGUGGUGGAGGACAGUAGAAGGGACAACACAGGAGACACCUGCCUGACAGCCUGCUGGACAGCACUGUGUUGCUGCUGUCUCUGGGACAUGCUGACAUAACGUCCUUCUUCAUUUGUUCAGCCUUAUUCACCCCCCCUCUCGUAAGCCAAAAACCUCAUCAACCUUUCCCCCUCUCUGCCUUAAAACCUUGCUCCAUCUCACUCCUACUCCUCUUCUUUCUCUUUUUGUCAGUAAAGAAUCGCUUCAGUCUCAUACCUUUGUCCACAAGUUGUCUCGUAGCAGUCAGUAACUGAGCUUCUUAAUACUACCCUGAAUACUACAUACAACCUUAACACACACACACACACACACACUGCGAAAGAUACACAUUGUACGUACAUGUCCCUUCAGUAUACAUGGAUCUCAGGCUUAUCUAGUGUGAUGCUCUUUGGCACUUUAAAUGAUUACCUCUGCAAGAAUUGACCCCUGCCUGCCUGUUAAACCCUGCCCCCAUCCCUUCGUCACCUCUCCCCAGCUACAUUAGCUGCAGCGAGCAGGAUUAAUCUCCUGUGAUGGGCUUGUUCCCAAAUUUCACCCAGACCCCAGCUCCUAAUGAGCCAUGGGUCAAUGUUUAGAAGCUUGAAAUGUAUUCAUUUUAUUUUCACCCUUUUUUUUGUCUUUUGUGGAAAGAAAUGAAAUGCAUUUUUAAACACAAAUGUGAUCUAUGUCGGAUGACUGUUAACUUUUAAUGGCUGAAAUGUUAUUUUGUGCUUUCAUUGUUGUGAAAAACGAUUCUAAUAUUAUUUGUAUUAUAAACCUUAGAAAUUAAACUGGAAAACUAGCUGCUGAACAAAAGGAACGCUAUUAGUCAAUGGAUGCCUUUUUGCUUUGGAUGAAAGUCUUACAUUAAAAUAAUUUAUUGCUAUAAUUAAA